AUGGAGAUAAAGUAAUUAAUUACUAAUUUUUAUUAACUAUUUUAAUAAAUUUAAUUUAAUUAUCACUAUUUAUAACUAAUUAUUUAUAAACCAAAGAUUUUAUAAAUUUAAUUUUAUAUUCUUCUUUAAUUAAUAUUUAUUUGUAAGAAUCAUUAAGCUUAAUAACAAAAUAUAUAUAAAGGCACUUUGUUUUUAAAAUUAACUAAAGAGCAAACAUUUAAUAUUUAUAAAAUAAUAAAUAAUUUUGAAAAAUUAUGCUAUGCAGCAAUACAGAAAUAUUCUAAAGAUAAUUAAUAAGAACUAUUCUAUGAUUCCUGA